UCCUCUCGUCCUCUGACGCGCUGGGACGAAGCGGAAGAGACUCGUUCUACUGCGGAACCACACAGAGAACGUGUGUGUGUGUGUGUGUGUGUGUGUGUGUGUGUGUGUGUGUGUGAAUCAGCUGUGUUUACAUCCCACCCCCGAGUUCAGACAGCCUGUGGGGGGGCUGUGGGGAUGGACGACCUGAAGGGACCAGUGCUGCACAUCGUGGUGGUGGGAUUUCACCACAAAAAGGGCUGUCAGGUUGAAUUCUCGUACCCGCCGUUGUUGCCCGAUGAAGGUCACGACAGCAACCUGCUGCCGGAGGAGUGGAAGUACCUCCCCUUCCUGGCGCUUCCUGACGGAGCGCACAACUACCAGGAAGACACUGUGUAUUUCCACCUGCCUCCUCUGAGUGAAGACAUGAAGUGCGUCUACGGAGUUUCCUGUUAUCGACAAAUAGAAGCGAAGGCCCUGAAGGUGCGACAGGCCGACGUCACCAGGGAGACGGUUCAGAAGAGCGUCUGCGUCCUCAGUCGAGUGCCUCUCUACGGUCUACUUCAAGCUAAGCUACAGCUCAUCACACAUGCCUACUUCGAGGAGAAAGACUUUUCACAGAUAUCGAUUUUAAAGGAGCUGUACGACCACAUGAACGGCUCUCUGAGGGGCUCCGCUCUGGAGGGAUCACAGGUGUAUCUAGGUUUAUCACCAAGAGAUUUAAUUCUGCACUUUCGACACAAGAUCCUCAUCCUCUUCAAGCUUAUUCUGCUGGAGAAGAAGGUCCUUUUCUACGUGUCUCCUGUCAACAGAUUAGUGGGAGCUCUGAUGACAGUUUUAUCACUGUUUCCAGGUAUGAUCGAGCACGGCCUGGUGGACUCGUCCCACUACCGGCCAAAGAGCAGCGUGUCGGAGGACGUGACUCUGGUGGAGAGCGUCUCCGGAGCCGAGGAGUUCGUCUCCGUGUCCGUCACUGACAUCCCCAACAGCGAGCUGGAGCUGGAGGGCACGUCCGCCGGGCCCACCGCCGCCGCCAAGGAGUCUCCGUCCUCCGGGACCAGCACCGAGGGGGACAACCACCUCCUCAAACCGCCGUCUCGCAGCUCCCCGGAGUCCUCGGAGAGCGACUGGGAGACUCUGGACCCGAGCGUGCUGGAAGAGAGCCCCAAAAAGGAGGCCGUCGAGGGGAAAGAAGAGGUGGAGCUUCUGGACGCCUUCGACUCCGAGACGGGGACGCCCAUCACGUCGCAGCCACAGUCCGGCGUCGGUCAGGGAGGGGUCGUCCAGGGCCUGGUGUCCGGUCUGGAGGAGGACCAGUACGGCCUGCCGCUGCCCAUCUUCACUAAGGGUUACCUGUGUCUGCCCUACAUGGCCCUGCAGCAGCAUCACCUCCUGUCCGACGUGACCGUGCGCGGCUUCGUUGCCGGGGCGACCAACAUCCUCUUCCGCCAGCAGAGGCACCUCAGCGACGCCGUCGUCGAGGUGGAAGAAGCCGGCGUCCACAUCCAGGACCCGGAGCUCCGUAAGAUCCUGAGCCUGACGACGGCCGACCUCCGCUUCGCCGACUACCUGGUGAAGCACGUGACGGAGAACCGCGACGACGUUUUCCUGGACGGGACGGGCUGGGAGGGCGGAGACGAGUGGAUCAGAGCGCAGUUCACCCUCUACCUCCACUCGUUACUGUCCUCUGCGUUACAGCAAGACAACGAGAGGCUGCUGGCUGAUUACGGCGUUGCGUUCGUGACGGCCUGGAAGAUCACCCACAACUACCGGGUCUGGUACAGCAACAAGCACCCAGCCAUGGCCGCCAUCACCGCGGGACAUCCGUUCCAGGGCCAGUACAGUGUUGCAGACGUGAAACUACGACUCUCACACUCGGUGCAGAACAGCGAGAGAGGGAAGAAGAUCGGGAACGCCAUGAUGACCACCAGUCGCAGCGUGGUGCAGACGGGGAAGGCAAUGGGUCAGUCCGUUGGCGGAGCGUUGACCAGCGCCAAGUCGGCCAUGUCUUCCUGGUUCUCCACACUGGCCCAGCCUCCGGCGGUGACCCCCGCGGAGCAUCUGGAGCAAGCAACCGAGGCCCAACCCUGAAAACCAAAACCUACCAGACUCUGUCCUCGUCCUCUGACCUUCUGGUUAAGGUGAAGUCUGAGGGUUCAGUGGACUUGAGAGAUGCUUUUAUGAAGGAGAAAAAAUAAUCACGACAGUCUCGCAUUCCCAUGUUUGGUGACUCCCGGCGCGACGCUGCACAGGAUAUUAUAAUAACUGUACAGUCCACAUCCACUGUGAGGCAGAGACUGCCCGGCGCUUUUGAUCAAACAACCCAGAAAUAUACAACAGGCUGCACCAUGUCCGACCGCCUGUUUUGCAUUUUUGCUGGAUGCUUUCUUCCCGUGAGACACUAAAGAAGCCGAUGUUUGGGUUUUGUGGUGUCUUUUGCUGCAUAUUUCUAGAGUUUGUCUAUAUAUAGCCGACUAUUUUGCUGACAGAAAAAUAAAUAUCGGUGUCACAAGAUUUGACAGAAGAAAAAAAAAGCAUGAGCUGUGGCACCUUGAAGAUAUUUUUAACAGUUACUAUUUUAAAUUCUGGCUCAUGUUCAGUGAUGUCUAUGUAUGUAAUCACACUGUGGUUGUUGUGGUAACGGCAUGGAUUCCUGCGUUAACAAAACAAAUACACAAAGAGUGACUCACGAAAGGCUGAAACUAACAAUUAUUUUCAUUGCUGAUUCAUUUGUGGAUUAUUUUAAUUAUUAUUAGUUUGAAAUAGUGAAAAAUAUCCACUGCUAUUUCCGAUUUGACAGCUAUGGAGCAAAAAAUGGAGUCAAAAAUUUAACAAAAUAUGUAAAUUAAAUAAUAUUGUGAGCUUAAUAAUUUAAAUUGAGUGUAAACAGAGAUAUAUAAAUCUUCAUACUUUAACUUAUUCUUCAGUUAGUUAUCAUCAGUUGGUUAAAAUUAAAUGAGCAUCAGUAGCUAAAGCAAUUAGAAAAAACGCUAACAAACUUAGCUAGCUACAGACCAACAGUCAAAACCCUUUAAAAUAUUAAUUUUAAUGAUAAUGUAUAAUAAUUAAAAGCAGAUAAUUCUUUUCUUUAUCUAUUUAACAUUCUUUUGAAGCACUAAACACAGAAUGGUUUGCAUUUUUCUUGAUAAAUGAUCAAAUUUCCAAAAAUCAAACAACUAAUUGUUUAUCGUUUCAGCCCGUUACAUUUCCUUUAUUUUCCGCUCUCUGGCAUUUCUGACAAAUGCAGAACACUACACCAACGUAAUUACAAAAUCUGAAUGCUGUUACUGCAAAAAAACCACAACGUUAUUACAUAAAUCCUUGUGUACCCUAAUGCCUGAUUCUGUUCCCCUGAUAAACGUGAUGAAAAACCUCCCUUAAUGAAGGAACCUGCACCCGGGCCUUUUUAUAUUAUAUAUUAGAAGACCUAUAUUUAGUAAAUCUGAGAAUAGUUUAAAGUCAGAUAAGUUAUUUAUUUGUUUGUGUAUAAACUCAUAGAUAUCCAUGUUUUGUCAUGACAACACUGGAAAAAGUCCUGUAUCUGUGGAACACUGCGUGCAUUUGCAAAAGCAGCCAUUAUAUUCUAUUUAUGUCAAUCUUUAUCUUGUAUAACUGUCAUUUUUCGAGCUGCUUUCAGGAUAUUUUUUCCCUCCGUGCUUCAAAUAUUCAACAACCGUUUGGAUUAAAAGUGGUCCAGUGAGCAUGCUCUGUCCAGUCUCAUCUUUCGUCUUUAAAUCCAUUUUUUUAAACAUAUGUUUUGGUUCUUCAUUCUUUUAAACCUUCCUUGGUCAUUUUCGGGAAUUUUCUUUUGAUUGCUGGAUAAAGUAAAAACAAAAUAAAUGAAAAAGCUGCUUUUUCAUCCUCUGAUGAUAUAUUUUAAUUUUGUAUUUAACAGAUAUGAAUGUAUCGUGAAUCAAAAUCCACAGAAUAUUUUCUUGACAGAUGCUUUUAAUGUAUUUGAGAGGAAGUGAUACUAUUCUUUA